AUGCCAUUAUUGAUUUCCACUAAAAUCAACUACUAUAGGCGAUAAUAAGUCAGCCACAUGGAGAGGUCGCCCUAAGCUACGGACUUUGGAAAUUGUAGCUCCAAUCUUGAGAAGAACAUCUGCACUGUUUAUUUAAAAAUCUAUCGAGCCGCAACGGCACACAAAUUGCAACAAGUUUUUAAAUUUGAAUCACAUGCCUAAUUUUAUUUUCGCUAAAAUCUACUACUAUAGGCUUUAAGAAUUUAACCCGAACUUUGAAAAUUUUAAGUCAAAAUGGCUCCAUUUUUAUGAAUUUCUGUAUGGAAUCAUCACCAACAACCCAGCCAUUCUUGCUCAUUCUAAAGCUUUCUCUUCUUCUUACUUUCUCUGAGUUGUUUCUGCAAUCGCACGGUGGGCAAUUUCGUAUUUCCGAAGAUUUGCUUGUUUCUGUUUAUUUCUGAAACUCCAAGGAGCAGGUUAAAAGAUCAAUCGGCUUUAAGAUAUUUUUAGGUAUGAAAAGAGUAUCAACGUAUAUCAGAAGUUUUUUCUUUAUUUAUUUUUACUUUUGAAGUAUAAAGUGCUAUAAUUUCAAAGAAUUUCCUAAAGGCAGCUAUUCAUAUUUUAUAAUCAAUUUUAUAUUCGAAAACGCAACAACUCACACUUUCAUUUUAAUACAUUUAGCAUAAAUAAAGAAAUGCGCAAAUGGCUCUAUGAUUCCUCGAAAGCUCAACUGAGCAUCAAUAAAAAUUAGAAAAUUAAGAUUUUAAUAGUGCGAAGGCUUAAGUAAUACUAAGAUCGAUUGUAGUGAAUACGAAGGCAAGUAAUAAGCUUGCACUAGACCUCUGAGUUGUUUUAUGGUUGAUAGCCAAGCCCUAUCAAUGACGUGAUUCCCAAUUCUGAAUCGGCAGGACCGAUUCAGAAGUCAGGCAUUUCUGGCAGUGAGCCCUCAGGCGAAGUCUUCUAGAUUAGGAGUUGAUAUUUUUUAAUUUGGGAUGACUGCUUAGUGUUUUACGACUUGCACAAAUCCCUGAUAAGAGAGCUGCCAAUAUUUUAUUUGGAAUCAAAUAAUAAUAAUAAUCGACAAAUUCUGAUGAGAAUAAAAAUCAUCUGAUAAAAAUAAAUGGAAGAAAACAAAGAUGUAGACAUGGAAGAAAUUGAAGUUUGCAUGUCGCGCCAAACUCCAUUAAUCUUCCCCUUUGAAGAAGAAAAGGUUAAUUUUGAAAUAAAAAAUAUUACUAUUUCUGAAGUUAUCAACCCUUCUCCUCAUACUUUUCAGCUGUGGUACCCUCAAGAAGAAUCUCUUACCAAUCUACAAUUUUUUUCAUACUCCAAAAAACUUAGCCGAUUAAUCGAACUAGAAUUAGAAGUCGCAAAAGAAAAACAGGCAAUGAGGAGCAGAAAAAUAUCUCCCAAGGACCAGAAUAUAUAAAAAAGAUUAAAAAAGGUCGUAGAGCAUCAAAAAUAAGUUUUUCUGAUAAAAUAAAAGUUUUAGAAUACACAAACAAUCAUCGUGAGUGCAGUUGACGAUUUAUUGGAUCAGUCUUUGGGAUAAGUCACUGUCAAGUUCGGAAGAUAUGACUUAAUCAAUGAGAUUAUUCAUUAUUGAGUGAUAAAAGAAAUAAUUACAGAUCAACAAUGACCAAUGAUGUAAAAACUAAAAUUGAUAAGAUAUGCAAAGAUCUUGAUCCAACAUUAACAAUUUCUGAAAGAACAAAAAUAUUAAAUUCUGAUGGCUGCGAUGCAAAGCCACACCAAGUUUAUUACUAUAUGAAAAAAAAAUAUAGCCAUAAAAGGAGCCGAUUUCAUCCCUAUCAGAGAAAAUAUGUCGGUAAUGUUCUUAAACGUCAAUGCUUUGCAGCAAAAUUAAUUGAUACUUUGGAAGAGGGUAAACAAAUAGUCAACAUCGAUGAAUUUGGUUUAGAUUUUAGCAAAAGAAAUUAUGGAUGAAGUGAAAAAGGAUCAAAAUGCUUAGGGUUUAAGACUUCAAUGAAAAGAUUUUAUAGCAUUAUUAUUGCAGUAUCUAAUUGAAAUGGAAUAAUUGCAUGAAGAGCUAUUGGAGAAAAUAAUAACGCAAAAAAGUUUAACAAUUUUAUUGCAGAUCUGACAAAAUACAUUUAUAGUCAGGAUAGAGAUUUUAGGGAAUAUACAGUGUUUUUUUUGGAUAAUUCGAAAAUACACACAUCAGCCAUUAAUAAAGAGCUAUAUGAAAAAUUAGGCCUGUUUGUAUUGUUUGGGACUCCUUACACUCCGCAGUUUGCUUUCGUUGAAAGAAUUAUUAGUUAUAUUAAAGCGAAAGUCAAAAUCUGUGAAGAUACACUUUUAGAAAGUUUGAAAUAUAGUGUUAAUAAGACACAAGAAAUACUUGAUAUGGAAAAAAUAAUGAGAAAUAUUUUAAACAGUUACGGGUCGAAAGCCUUAAAACUCGAAGAUUUAGGAGAUUAGAUAAUUAAUAAUUACUAUAAGAUUGCUGUCGAAUGCCCAUAAAAUUGAAAAUAAAAUUUUGGAUUAUUAAUGCUAAUUUAUGAAUGUUUGAAAGCUAAUAUCAAAUUUAAAUAUUUGCUUCUAUCAGAAUUUCUUCAUAGAUUUUUUGUCAAAAUUAAAGUUUCUUUUUCUUACAUAAUAUUAUAGUCAUUAUUAGCGCUUGAUAUAGAGGAAUUUUAUGAAAAUUGAAUAUAAAAUUCUUUAUGAGCUUUACCAGCAACCCAGCCAUUCUUGCUGAUACUAAAGCUUUCUCUUCUUCUUACUUGCUCUGAGCUGUUGCUGCAAUCGCACGGGUAGGCAAUUUCGUAAUUCCUACGAUUUGUUGGUUUCUAUUAUUUCUGAAGCUCCAUAUUUUUUAAAUGAUAUUAACUGGGAAACAUGAGUAGGGAUCACCUCUAGCAACCCAGCCAUUCCUACUGGUAGUAAAUUCAUCACUUCUUCUCACUUGCUCUGAGCUAUCGCUGAAGCCGCACGGCGGGAAAUUUCAUAUUUGAAGCGAUUUUUUAAUUUCAAAAACUCCAAGCAGUUAGCUAAGAAGCAAAAAAUAGGCUUUAAGAUGUUCGUAGGCUUUAAGAAAAUUGUAUCCAGAGGUCGCCUAUUGCCGUGCAGAAAAUCUCGAGAGAAAACCCAACCCCAUAAAUAAAAAUUCCAUGAGGGAGAGAAAAUUAACAGAGCUAAUUUCUCUCCUUUUAUAGUUCAAUUGAUAAUAGUAUUUAUUAUUUAUGUAUUUAUUAUUAUCACUAAUUUAUAAGAUCUUUUAAAAUAAGAUUUUUAGUUAUUAAUUAAUCCCAGUUUAAUUGGAUAUCUUAAAUUUUAAAUUAAUUAAAUAGUAAAGCCACUUUAAAAUUAGCGUGUUUACUUGUCACUAUUUUUGGGCAUGUAUCUUUUUAUAUAGAGAUUGAGCUCAACUCUUUGAGAGAGUCUGUUUUGCUCAUUCAAGGUCUAGCACAUCUUGUUCGAUAAAGAAAUCUAUAUAGGGUAUGAGCUAUAUAAUGAAAUCUCUAGUUAAUUCUGCUUGCAUUUUAAAAAAUACAUUUUUUGCUAAUGUUAAAAAUUGUCAUCUUUUAAAUGAUUUUUAUAAAAUAAAAUUAAUCCUUCGCCAUAACAAAAAUUUUUUUCUCUUGCUUUGAGUAAGCGCAUUUAAAAAUAAUACGUCGAGCAUUGGAGGAGCAGUUUUGGGCAGAUAGCAUAAAUCUUGAGAUUUCUCGUUCAAACUUCACUAAAAAUCCUGCUGUUUCUUUAGAACUUAAUGCUGCUGAGAGAGGAGUUAUAGAUGGAACAGGUGGUGCAGUCAAUUUUAAUUGCAAAUAUUUUGGCACCUGCUCUUUUAAUGUCUCUUUCUGCUCUUUUUAUUGAAAUAGAGCUACAUAUAAUGGAGGUGCGGUCAAUUGAAAAUAUGCAAAAUAUAUAUUCAAUGAAAAUAAAUUUGUAAGCAAUUUUGCGGAAUACGGGGAUGAUAUGAGCUCUUUUCCUGCUGCUAUGGAAUAUGUAAAUCAAAAUAGCACCGUUGGAGAUCAUUCUGGAGCCAGAAUGCUUACUACAAGUUUGACUUUAAACAAUGUUGCCUCAGGCCAAGAAAACAAAUUUCCGAUAGCUUUUGCCUUAGUAGAUCACUUAAACCAAAUUAUCAAGACUGAUAAUAUAAGCCAAGCUCAGCUGCAAGUUGUAAGCCCUUCUUCAGCUCUUAUUUCUGGCUUAACAAUAGUUUAUGCUGUACAGGGAGUAUUCAAUUUCUCUGGCUACACAAUCACCGCAAAGCCGGGGUCUUCAGCUCAAAUAAGAGUUUACACUUCAGCAAUCCAGGAAACAAGUGACAGCAUUGAAGACCGCUCGAGCUUCUACAUUGAUGUCAAGCUUAGGCUCUGCGAGCUUGGAGAAGCCACUGUCAAUGGGACUUGCUAUGGUUGCAAGAAGCCUUACUACAGCUUGAAUCCGAAAAACACUGCAUGCUUGCCAUGCCCUUCAUCAGCCAUUUGUUACGACAAUUAUACAAUAGUUCCAAAGAAAGGAUAUUGAAGAAAUAGCAUGAUGACAAGCAUAUUCUGAAAGUGCCCGUACUCAAAAGCUUGCCUGGGCUCUCCAGAUAUUCACAAUUUAUCUUAUACAGGAGUUUGCAAGGAGGGCUAUAAAGGGAAUAUGUGCCAGUCUUGUAAACAUAAUUACUCAAGACUAUAUAAGAAUGAAUGCAUAAAAUGCCCUGGGAUUGUUAGCAAUGUCUUUAGACUACUUGGUUUUCUUGUUUUUAUUAUUGCCAUUCUAGUUAUAAUGAUAAAAACUGCAAGAAAUUCUGUGUACAGAUCAGAAGCUUUUACUUCAGUCUAUAUUAGGAUAUUCUGAAAUUUCUUGCAGGUGCUGGUAAUAAUAACGACUUUCAAUUUAAACUGGCCCAAUGAAGUAAUUGAGCUUUUUCAUAUAAAUGAUAUUCUUGAUUAUACUGGGCAGCUAUUAUACUCUUUAGAAUGUUUUUUGCAGCUCUCGGUAUCUCGAGAUGAUGUGUACUUUAAAAGGAUUGUCAUCUCCUCUGCAAUGCCCUUUUGUCUCGGAAUUUUCUGCUUUGCUGGCUGAUUUCUUUGAAAGAUCAAGACUAAGAGAUUUCGUUAUAUAAUGGACGAUUUUAUAUCGACUGCUGUAGUCAUGCUAUUCUUAAUCCAUCCGAGCUUGAUGUAUGACCUGUUUAGUAUUUAUAGCUGUAAAGAAAUCAAUCAAGGAGAAUUUUGGCUUAACGCGGAACUCGAUAUAAGAUGCUGAACUCCAGAGCAUUCUUUCUAUGCUUUUAUCAUAGCAAUGCCAGCAAUAAUAAUAUGAGGAAUUGCAGUGCCUGCCUUAUGCCUUACUAAUUUAGCUAGAAGCGAAGAUAGGCUUGACGAAGUGUGAAUAAAGUUGCGCUAUGGAUUUCUUUUCAAUGGAUAUAAAUCAAAGUAUUAUUACUGAGAGUUUGUAAUUGCGUAUUCAAAAAUGAUUUUAAUAGCUUUUUCCGUUUUUUUAUCAAAUGUGUCAAUAGCUGUCCAAGCUAUUGCUGUUGUCAUCCUAUUAUACGUAUUUCUACAUACCCAGCGCAGAAACAAACCAUUUAUUUUGCAAAUUUUUAAUAGAAUGGAAUUUGUAUCAAAAUGUAUCUCACUACUUACUGCAUUUUCAGGUCUUUUCUUUUUAACAGGAGCUUUAAAUUACCCUGGGAAAUUUUUCCUUCUUGUAGUUGUGCUGCUAUCAAAUAUAGUAUUUGCUCUCUGAUGCCUUUAUAAGUCUACUCUUGAAGCUUUUAAAAUUAUAAAAAUUCUAAUUCUGGCUCUCAAACGAGGCAGAGUAGAGAUAGGAAUUGAUGAAAAUUAUGAGUCAAAUGUAGACUCCUGCAAUGUAGAAAAUUCAAAAUAUCAAGAUCAAAGCUAUAAUCUCGUGCCAAAUCAAACCAGAAUAGGUACUAAUACUGAAAACUUACUCCCCACCCUCCAUAAGCGAACAAAAAUAUUUUGUUCACUGAGGGGAUUAAUCUUUUUUUAUUACAAAAAUUUAUAUAUAAAUUUUAUAGAAAAAUUUGUUUUCUUCAAAAAUUUAACAAAAAUCCUAAUUUGCAAAAAUUGGAAAGCAAAUAUUAAUUUAAUUUAUAAAAUUAAACAGAAUUAGCUCGAGAUUUCAUUAUAUUAAUUAUCACUUAUAUAUCAAUUUUUUUUAUUAAAAAAAAUUUUUGUUCACUCACGGAGGGUGGGUUUUUGGACAAAAAAUAGGGAUUUUUCUAAUGGUUAUGCUCACUCACGGAGGGGGGAGUUAGAGAAAUCUUUAAAUGAUCAGGAUAGUUUAUGUUGCGAAAAAGAUCCAUUUCCUUCAGAAGCAGGUAGUAUGUAA